GGAGGGCCCCGCCCUGCCCCGCCCUUCCAGGUCGUUGACACCAAGACAGCAGAAUGAAGACCAAGUGCUGCGGUCGAUUUGUGCUUUGCUCCAAGACAACCAUCUACACCUUUCUGCUUGGAGGAGUCUUCAUUGCCUUGGGCUCAAGUCGAAUCCUCCUGAUGAAGUAUUCUGCCAAUGAAGAUAACAAAUAUGAUUACCUUCCUACGACAGUGAACAUAUGUUCUGAAGUAGUAAAACUGGUGCUGUGUGUGAUUUUGGCACUGUGGGCUAAGAAAAAAGAUCAUGCCUUUGAGUGUCUUUCCUGGAAGAAUUUUUUUAAUUCCAUGAAAUGGUCAAUUCCUGCCUUUCUUUACUUUUUGGAUAACUUGAUUGUCUUCUAUGUACUGUCCUACCUCCAGCCAGCAAUGGCUGUGCUCUUCUCAAAUUUUGUCAUUAUAACAACAGCUCUUCUCUUCAGGAUAGUCCUAAAGCGAAAGCUCUCUUGGGUACAAUGGGCAUCUCUGGUCAUUUUAUUCCUGUCCAUCGUUGCGCUGACUCUUGGAACUGGAGGGCAUCAGCAAAGCUUGGCUGUACAUGGAUUCCAUCACAGUAUGUUUUUCAGUCCAUCCAACCACUGCCUUCUCUAUGCCGGACCUGAGGAAGCAUGCCUGGAAAAGGGCAACUGCGUAUCACCAAGUUUCCUUCCCAGCUUCCAGUGGAACGUCACCAGUACUAUGGCAGGAGCACUGAAGCCUCUCCGCCUCAGCCUGGGCCAUCUGCUUAUUCUAGUGCAGUGUUUCAUUUCUGCCCUGGCUAACAUCUAUAACGAAAAGAUCUUGAAAGAUGGAGAUCAGCUUGCUGAAAGCAUCUUCACACAGAACAGCAAACUCUAUGCCUUUGGGGUGCUGUUCAAUGGGCUUAUGCUGGGGCUGCGGACUAAGGACCGGAGGCAAAUAGAGAACUGUGGUUUCUUUUAUGGGCACAAUGUCUUCUCAGUGGCUCUCAUAUUUGUCACAGCAUUCCUGGGGCUGUCUGUAGCCUUCAUCUUGAAGUUCCGAGACAAUAUGUUCCAUGUUAUGACUGCUCAGAUCACCACUGUCAUCAUCACCACCGUCUCUUUCAUCAUUUUUGACUUCAGGCCUUCUCUGGAGUUCUUUUUGGAAGCUCCUGUAGUGCUCCUCUCCAUAUUCAUUUACAAUUCCAGUAAACCAAGAGGCCUAGAGUACAUCACUCUGCGGGAAAGGGGCAAACUGGUCAAAGGAGAUGCAUGGGAGAGGUCAAGCGGGGAUGGAGAAGAGUUUGAGAGACUGAACAAACCAAGCAGUGACAUGGAUACAGAUGAAGAUUCCCUCUAGCAUGAGGCUGGCUCAGAGGAGUGCUAUAUUACUCAUAGUGAGAGAAUGUUAAUAUUCUAUUAAAAUAGCAAAGGGUCAGUUUUCCUCCCUUGCAGACCAGUUGAGACUGCUUUAGGACUGGAUGUCAUAGGUGAAUGAGGAAAACACUGAUACCAUAUGUACAGUGAGUUGCAUUCCGUCCUAUCCAUCAGAAAUUCAGAAGCCUGUUGAAAGAAAUAACAUUUGCAGCUGAUGCAAACAAGAAGAGGCUUGGACCCUGGGCUGAGUGGUCUUGGUGACAGGUGCUGCACUGUGGAGAGCAGUCCUGGACUCUAAUCAUGUCUUCACUGCGGUGGUUGAUUGUCUCGAGUCACUCUAACUUCCUCUAUGAAUUCCUUGGUUAGCAAAGCAAAGAUGAAACUCUUCACCUCCAGAAGUGAUGUGAGCAUUGAUUAAUGUUUUUGCUGCGUCUUCCAAUGUACAAAUGCUCCAAUAAGUUUUCUUUUCAUAAAUAAUGAGUCAUAUUGGCUGUUUUACUGUAUUUUGGUAAUUCAAAUUGACAUAUCCCUAGCCGAGUAAAAGCGUCCCUCUGAAUCAGGCUCAUCAGACUUUGACUUGAGAAUGUGUAAUAAAUCAGAUCAUGUGGGGUUAAGGGUAUGUUGAUCCAUCAGACAGGUGUCUAGUGUGUGACUUGAGUUUGAAUGGUCUUAAUUCUGUCUUCAUUCCUGUUUUUACCUCAGUGUAACUCUAUACUGACUCCUGUGGAGUCCUUUCUUUGUGAUUUUUCUCUGAUGUGACUGAGAGCAGAACAGAUGUCACUGAUUUCAGCCACUAGUUGUCCUCACAUUUUCAGUGUGAGACCUUUGUGUGCCUGUCUCCCAGCGUCUGGGGACAUGGAAAUGUGGAAUGCCUUCAUAGCAGAUAGUGAAUUUUACUUGCAACUUACGUGGCCUAACUUUGAAAGAGCUUGAAUAAAACAAAAGUGUGUUGUACGUUGUGAAUGCCUUGCAGGGUCUUUUUUCUGUGUUUUACAAGGCUUUUUCUGUGUAGAAGCUUAGUUUGCUCUGAGGCAAUUACCUGAAAACCAUUAUUGCACAACUAACAGAGAUGCCCUUCAGCACCUGGAGCACUGAGCAGGAGGUUGCAGGUGGUAUUAUCAUUUGGUAUUGCUCCACCCUGUCAGACUGAUAAGGUCUUGCAUUCAUUUUG